CGACCGGGUGAGACACACAUCAUCGUCGACGAGAUCGUUGGACGCCGCGCGCGUGUGAAGUUUUCCAUAAUCGAAACGAACUCAUGAUUGAGUGAAUGUGCGUACGGGUUCGAGUGUGAAUGUGUGUGUGUCUUUGCGAUUCGGUCUGCACCCUACCGUCCCACCGACACCCCGAGCGUCGUAUCUCGUUCGCGACCGUCACGACCUACCGAGUCAUUGAAGUUGAAAACCGCACCGCGAAAUCCGCACUGUGUUUGCCGUUUUUCGCGGGCUCAGGUUUUACUGGUUCUGCUAUCCCACCGUCGCCCCCGUUGCCGCCUGGUUUGGCCGGCUGUGCUGCCUGUGUCGCAAUCGAGGAAGGUGAAACCGGACCGUGGAACGGGCAACGGAAAGCAAACCAUCAAAUCGUCGGAGCACGUAGUGUGUUUUGUGUGAAGGGAAGGGAGAGACAGUCAUUCUGGAAAACGCGCGCAUAGCAUUUAUUACAGUGUUGUAGAUACACACGUGAAAGGAGCAGACGCGAAGAAAGCACAGGAGUUCAGCGACAGCGGGGUAGUGAAGUGAAGUGUGUUCGCCAAGUGAGUGUGUCCGCCAAGGGCGAGAAGCGCAAGAAUUACAGGCAAAUAAAAGGUCGCAAUAACAUCAAUAUCAACAGCAGCAAGACCAGAGGAGGCAAUUGUAAUAUAAAGCAAAAGCAGCACCUUCUACUAGUGACAGCAGUAGAGCAACGGCAACAAAAACAACAACAUCAACAGCAGCAACAAUAAAAAGGCGAAGAAGCGAGUUCCGUCGUUCGUCCGUCGUGUCAACCCCCGCGGCUCCGGGGUCGAUUUUGUGGCGUUCAAUCUCUCGGCGUGCUUGUUUUUCUGGCGACCUCGACGUUGUCCGUAUUGCUGUUGUUGGUAUCAUCGUGCAUUGACAACGGCUUGGCUUCGUUGCCGGUUGGGAUCACCACCCCCGCGCGUCGUCACUUUUGCGCGCACUGCCUGUGAUUUGCCAGGAAUUUAUUCGUGCUGUUAUCUGUUUUGCUCAAAUCCCCAAAUAUGGAAGUAUAUAGGCGAAAGUGCACUGAUGCGAUGUAUGCAGUAGGCGACGGAUUAUGGCAGAUUAUUCGAUUUAACACAAGGCCAACAGCACUGUUUAGUGAAGCAUAAUCAGCUUGGAGUUGAAUAAGUGUAGCUGUGUGUGUGUGUGCGUUUGUGCCUGUGUGAACCCACGACAGAUGAAUGACGUUCUAGUUUUGCGGUAAACAUGGAAUACAAUGUGGAUUUAAUGCUUUGUACCAGUUAACAAAACCCGCCACAAUGAAGACUACGGUUAGGCGAAAAUAACCUUCCCCAAUAACUCGUAGUCAGAGGACAAAACUAGAGCUAAAAGUUCACGCAAAAUUGUCACCCAUUCAUUGCAAUUUUUUAGACGCGUUCUCACACAUAUACACAUACACACGUGAUGCUGCCAAAGGCACAUCGCUGAUCCAGGAGGGGCAACUAGCUGAUGAUGACCCACUGAAACCAACAGUCGUUCAGCGUGAAUUGAAGAAAAAAUCUGCAAAGCAACUUUUGUUUUUUUCCUUGUACAGUGAAUUCGAGUUGGCGAAGAAGCGAAAAACCAUAACCAUACACAACCCGUCUGUGAAUACAACAAAUUAAUCUGUUAGGAAAAGAGUUACUAAUAUUUAGUCGUUCAUAUAUAUGCACAUAUAUUUCCUACUAUAAGUCAGUGCUUGUGCUGUGUUUAGAUUAAGAGUAAAUCCUAUCCAUACAGUGGUGAAAUUUUAGAAGCAGUUUCCCCGCGAUUUGGAAUUUUCAGUGGCACAGAAAAAUUAAAAAAAAUACACCGUCCGCUGGUGAAUGUGGUGCGAAGUACAUCAGUGUUGAGAAUUCAGUGCAACAGAAGAAAAGGAGUGGGUGAGGUGCGUGAAGAAAACGGUCCGCCAAGAUACUCGCAGUGAUCAUUCGAUAGGAAUAAAAGCUCUCCCCCUCCCGCCAAAAUACGUCAACAAUGUUGCCGAAACGAUCCCGUUUGGGCGAUGUGCGUGGUCCCAUCUCGAACGGGCCGAUGCAGUCACGGCCGCUGGUCGCACUGCUGGACGGUCGGGAUUGUUCGAUCGAGAUGCCGAUUCUGAAGGACGUCGCCACAGUCGCGUUUUGCGACGCGCAAAGUACAUCGGAGAUUCACGAAAAAGUAUUAAACGAAGCAGUUGGAGCACUGAUGUGGCACACAAUCAUCCUCACGAAAGAAGAUCUGGAAAAGUUCAAAGCGCUGCGGAUAAUUGUUCGCAUUGGCAGUGGUGUGGAUAACAUCGACGUGAAGGCAGCCGGCGAACUCGGGAUCGCAGUGUGCAACGUGCCCGGUUACGGAGUCGAGGAGGUCGCCGAUACCACUAUGUGUCUGAUUUUGAACCUGUACCGGCGAACGUACUGGCUUGCGAACAUGGUACGGGAGGGCAAAAAGUUCACAGGACCCGAACAGGUGCGAGACGCGGCACAGGGUUGCGCAAGAAUACGGGGAGACACCUUGGGCCUGGUUGGACUGGGCAGAAUAGGCAGCGCCGUGGCACUGCGAGCGAAGGUGUUCGGUUUCAAUGUGAGCUUCUACGACCCGUACUUGCCCGAUGGUAUCGAGAAAUCUCUUGGUUUGAACCGAGUCUACACCCUGCAAGAGCUGUUAUUCCACUCGGACUGUGUAUCGCUACACUGUACAUUAAAUGAACAUAAUCAUCACUUAAUUAACGAGUUCACGAUUAAACAGAUGAGACCCGGUGCAUUUCUAGUGAACACAGCCCGCGGUGGUUUGGUGGAUGACGAAGCGCUUGCCCACGCACUGAAGCAGGGCAGAAUUCGGGCGGCUGCGUUAGAUGUUCAUGAGAAUGAGCCAUACAAUGUAUUUCAGGGUGCCCUGAAAGAUGCCCCGAACCUACUGUGUACACCACAUGCUGCGUUCUACAGCGAGGCGGCCACGACCGAACUGCGCGAGAUGGCUGCCAGUGAAAUCCGGCGGGCAAUCAUUGGCAAUAUUCCGGACUGUCUACGGAACUGCGUGAACAAGGAAUACUUCCUGCGAUCGUCGACAGGCGGUGGCGCCGGAGGAUACUCAGAAGAUAAAAAACUUAUAGCUGGUAUAAAUGGCGGCUAUUAUUCAGGUGGAUUACAGCAAGCACAUAGUACAACACCGCUCGAGGCACCGCACAGUGCUGGAUCACACGGGCCGCCCAGUGGUCCCCCGCCACCAUCCGUCGCCGCACCACCUGUCUCCGCUGUAACAGCGCCACCACCACAAGGUAUACAACAUUCUAUGGUCAGCAAAUCGCCUCUUAGUGCCCCCGAUCCAAGUAAUCAUCAUUCGGUUAAGCCGGAACCAUCGGAAGUACAUUAGUUUCAUUAUUAUUAUUAUGUAUGACUUAUUAUUAGUUACGAUUACGUGACAAAAGUGGACAACAGAGGAAAAGAUAGAGAGGAGAGAUAGUGACAGAGAGGAAAAGCAAAACGGAAAAAGAAAACUUUUUUUUUAAUUUGAACGUAAGUAAAAUAAAGAGAAUAAAAACACAAGUGAGGGAUUAAAAACGACAAAAAAUAACUGAAGAAUUAUAUAUUGAGAAAGAGGAAACAAUGAGGAUCGAUAAUAAUUAUUAUGAUAAACAGUAAGAAGGAAAAAAAAACAAUUGUGAGAAAUGAUUAUUAGUAAGAUGUGAGAAGUUACUGCAAAAAGUAUAAGAAAAAAAAUAAUGUGAAAAAAAGAAGUAAUACAAAAUAGUUUUGUGUUUAAGAGGAGAAACAACUAUGUAUAGAGAUACUAAACAGGUGUAAACAAAACUGAGCAGCAGCCACGCAACCACAACCAACAACACAACCACCAUAACUGAACGGUUUUGCAGUGCCGGACAGUUCUCAACUCCAAAUUUUUCAGAUCCGACAAGUUGAAACAAAAAGAUUCUCGCUUUCAUGGAGAUAUAACAUUUAACAAAAAAAAACACACACAUAGACGGAAGGUUAUUGAAGCAAAUAUGUAGACAAAAGUUUGAAAACAAAAAACUGGAUUGUACUCACGUUGAAACGAUUACAAACACGCGAAUACAGCUAUGUGUUGUAGUGGUACAUUUAAAAUGAAUUGCUUCCUUUUUUGUUUUAAAACUCUUAAUAAUAAUGAAUUCGAUUAUAUUUUAUUGUCUUUGUAAGUAGAAGAACAGAAAUUCCUUUUAUUUUUUAAUGUAUGUAGAGAGAUAACUUAGGAAAGUAAACGAAAUAAAGGGCAGAAUACUUGAGUACGUAUGUGAGAGAAAUUUUCCAUGGUAGGAAAAGUGUUGAAGAUAGGAAGACAGCGUUACAUCGCACUGUCGGAAACUAGGCAAGUUGGGUGAGUAGCUCGGGGACGAUACGAUUUUUCUGGGACGUAACGACGACGAAUUAUUAUUAUUUCAUAUUUCAAUAUAUUCCCACAUAUUCAAAUGGUAAGUUGACUGUCUCAUCUUACAAGCGUAUCUCAUUUCAAUGUUGUCGCCUAGUACAUCUUCGAAUAGCGCAACACUACUCAUCAAAUAUUCUCAGUCUAGUUAGAAUAACCAGGAAACCCAUUAACACCCUAUUCGAAAAUACUCUCCAGUCUAGUUAUUGUUGAUAUGUUUCUAAACAAUUAGAGCAAAGUUUUCCUUGCUGAAUUCUUUAAAAAAAAUAACUCAACAGCGCUGGAAAUAUAGUACAAGGACCGAUUUUCGGAUCUUGACUACUGUCAAAUUACUGUCGUUUAUACAAAUCUCUGUUUGUUGACAUCUUGCUAAAAUUCCCGAGCUAUAUUCCUCUCAUGCAAGAUCUCGGAAAUUCCGAGUGAAUAGUGGAAGACGUUGAAGAACAUAAACCGCGUGGUAACGAAAAUAAGGUAAUGCGCGACCGACAAGUUUUAAUCUAAAUCAUAAGAGCAGGAGUUCCCCUCUAACCGUAUGCUUUAAGAAUGUAAGUGGAAUUUAAUGGGAGGAAACAAACAAACACAUGAAUGCAAAUACAAGAGGUAUCAAGAUACACUAACUCAUCCACAAUGCUAGGCACAAAGGAAUGGGCAUGGAAUAUGCAGCGGAAAACGAAUGUUAUUUCAGCGGUAUGGAUUAUCCUAGACAGAAGAAGUAAAAACAGAAAAACAAAAUUCAAACCUCUGCUCUGUUACAGUACAGUGCCGACCAAAAAAUAGUAGUUUUCCCUUUUGUGCAAAAUAAAAAAGAAACCCUAUGUAUACCAACCAAUCCGGGGCAUACAGUCACCCAUAUGCGCUCGUUAGGAAAAUUCACAAACAGAAGAAACGAUUAGAAGAAAAUACUAAAUUGCUCGCAAACACAACACACAGAAAUAGUGUCGAUUUUCGGAAUGUCGUUCCACAAGUGCCGGAACGCAGAAUGAAGAAUAACUAGCAGACAAUGCAAAGGAUCAGAUAAGCAAACUGUAGCAUCUCGUUCCGGAACUAGACGGAAAGGCUUUCCGAAAACGGCUACAGUGUCAGAGACAGAAAGAAGAGCAACAGCAACACAGAUUAGAAUUAAUUCCUAUGUAGAACUGGGCAUUUGUUGUUUGGGACGCAACAACAUGCAAAUAAACAGCAAAUGAAAAUAAAGUAAAAGAAAAGAAAAAUAAUAGAACAAACAUUCAUUCCUUUGCGAAAAACAUUAUUAUUGAGCAAACAGAAUACAAAGAAGAAUCAUCUGUAAUUGAAAUGAAAGAGCAUGGGUAAAAAAAAUGGAUGGCAUAAAUAAAAAUGAAAUGGGUAAAAAGAUA